ACACACACACACAGCAGGCUACACCACCAGCCAGCUGUUGAAAUAGUGGCACAGCGCUGUAUCUCAUCGAGGAAGGCGUGUCACUCCCAGAAUUACUCGGAUCCCCUUUGUCCUCGGUGUCCAGCCAGCGACACUCAUGGCGGCUGCACCCGUCAGACAGCGGUCCGGGCCGGGGGGACCCCGGGCGCAGCUUCCUCCCUGCUACUACGAGGGGUUCCUGGAGAAGAGAGGACCGAAAGAAAAGGCGUCCCGGCGACUCUGGACCUGCCUGUGUGGGAAUUCCUUGUAUUUCUUCAAUACUGCAAAGGACAGUCAUUAUGCGGAGAAGUUGGACCUCAGUGGAUUUGUCUCCCUGAAGGACGAUUGCAGCCGAGACAGAAACCUGGAGGCAGCCAGACUCAUUCUGCGCAUGAAGGAUGGGGAAACUAAACUUACAGCACCUAACUUAGAAUCAAGGGAGCUGUGGAAAGGUUUCCUUUACUCUGUCAUUGAUCUCAACGUGCCGUCCUGUCUCACGUUGCUGCCGGGACAACUGCAGAUGCUGAAGGAGGUGGUGGACAAAGAAAGAUCCAGGCGGAGAAUUCGCACUCCCACGCGCGCUCCUCCUUCACCGCUCUCCGUGCCUUUAGUAGGAGAGAUCCCACCGUGCUUUCGACCUGUGUCCCGAACAGAAGCUGAAGUUCUCCUUGAGAGACAUCCAGACUGUGGCAACAUGUUGCUCCGUCCAGGCAGAGAUGGAUGUUCACUAGCUGUUACCACACGCCAAGACCUGAAUGGGUCAGUGUUCAGACAUUACCGCGUGACGCAGAGGGACCAAGGCGGUUAUGUCAUUGAUGUAGAAAAUCCUAUUCCCUGUGCUACACUUCAUGAAGUCAUUGAUGCCCUGGUAGAGAAGACAGCAGGGACUUUACAACCUUUCCUACUGGAGGAGCCGUAUGAGGAGAACAUCACAUACGUUUCUGCCAAUGAUGAAAAUGGAGAAAGGAUUCUCCACACUGCCCCGCUAAGCCCCCUCCCAAAGGCUCCUGCCCUGCCACCAAAACAAGAUCGUUGGUCCAGUAGUCCCCUGUCCAGGUCCCCCGCCCCGGACCGCCGUAUUUUGACCUCACCAGUGCCAGCCUCACCCACAAACCCAAUGAGACGGCUCAUUCUCUCCCCUUCACCUCUUGCACACACGCUUAAUGAGGAACUAAAAAUGAAGCUGGAGAAGAGACGAGCCAGUCAGGAGUGACUUAAAAGCCACAACUUCUCUGCACGGCGUACUCAAUCUUCAGUGCCAAACCCGUUCUCACCGCAGCUAUGUACUCAUCCUGUGCCUUCUAGGUGGAAGACGAGGGACUACAAAUGCCACCACUUCCGGUUAGCGCUUUCUCCACGUGCGUACAACUGUUUACAAAACUGCCACCGAGCAAAUAGUCGCACAACACAAGAACUCUGAGUCAACAUGGCUGGCAGCUAAAACCUAUCUGAGAAAAAAACACUGACACACACUGGACCUGAGCCUGUGUCUGUGUCUAAAGCUGAGGAAGUUACUGCUGCAGCCCAGACUAUUUAAUCCUCUGUGAAAAGUAAAAUGAACCAGGCACAAUCGGGUUUCAGCACAGAGAUUCUCCUCCUUCACCUCAUCACGUUAAGAAAAAAAACAAAACCGAACAAAAAAAAAACAUCUCAAAACAGUUGAGCCUGCCAGCAAAAUGAAACUUGCACAAUCUGCCUGCUGCUCUGAGCAUUCUGUGUGAUAAUGUUGUUGAUUCACCAGUGAGACUUUAACUGUACUUUAAGUGUUUUCUUAUUCUCUGCUACUGUGUACGUGCUACUGUAUGGUGCUACGACUCAAUGGUGCUCACACCUGUUUGGAGACUCUCCAUUGUUCCCCUUCAAGAAAAUCAAUCGACUGUAUGUGAGGGUGCCCUCUAGUGGAAUGGAGCCUCACUAUCAGCACACCAAACCAGACAAAGGCUUUUGGUUUUCUCACAGUAUUAAACCCUACCUCUAAACAUGCAGCUUCACUCACAAUAUGAUUAUUUAUUAUAAAUCUGAGGGUCAUUCAACAGCUCGUAUUUCUAUAUGGGAAACAUUUUUUUUCCCCCUCA